AUGACUGCUCAUCUUUCAGAAACAAGGAGAGACAUGUGCGUGCUGCUGAUUGUUGCAGGUGCCGUCCAGACUGCCGGAAGUCCUAGAGAAGAGACGGAGGGUGCCCAGGAGGCGUGCGAGAGGCUGCGAGACGAACUCCCUCUGAGAUGGAAAAGGAAGGACCGAGGACCGUCCUCCGGAAUCCUGUCGAAAUUAAGAUGGGACCCUAAACGGCACCUUGUGUACUGCCACUUACCGAAGGUGGCGUCAACCACGUGGGCGUGGCACCUCCUAAGAAGCGCCGGUUUGAAGGAUGAAGAAAUUGCUGCUCAUCCGAACGUCCAUAUUCUCCUACGGGAGCGCCUGCCCCCUCCUUCUGUGGAGGACCACGACAACGAGUUCCUGAAGGAUUCCCUGGCGUUUGUAGUUUCAAGACAUCCUUACCACAGGCUUGUAUCAGCAUAUAAGAAUAAGAUCAUAGAGGCGGAGAAGAGGCGCCAGCACUAUGUAGACCUAAGAACGCUCAUUCUGGAGCGUUACCACCGUCAGAAGGAUCUCACCAACAGCACCAUGCCCACUUUCAGAGACUUCUGCGAGUACAUAGCCGACACCACAGAAGACUGGCUGAGCGAUCUCAACCACAAGGAGCCCCCUGAUCCACACUGGAUGCCUAUGACUUAUAUGUGUUCACCAUGCAACCUCCAUUACGAUAUUUACAGUAAAAUGGAGACCAUGGAAGAAGACGCCCGUUUCAUAUCAGCUCAGUGCGGCCUAGAGGACGUGAUCAGACCAGGAGCCAUGUUUAAUCCAUCGAGCAACGCGCAGCAAGAAGAAAAAGACCGAUCAAACAACAGUGAUGACAUUCUCGGAGCCAGGAAAGUUGAUUCUAGUCUCACUCUCGGUAACGCCGAGGAGGAGAAUAAAACUGGCGAGAGUGAAGAGAACGCGUACGCUAAAUAUCUCGAUGAAUUAUCGAAAGAAGAAGUAGGCAGGUUGUAUAAUAUUUACAAAUUUGAUUUUGAAAUCUUUGGUUAUAGCGAUGAUAGUUACAAGUGAAGCUCCACGAUACGAUAGAGGGUCAAAACAAAGCCUCACUCUCGAUCCCAAGUGAAUUUAGUCAUACAUCCCGGAAAGAUGUAAGGAAUUAUUCUGUGAAUAUGUGGUAUACAUAUUCUGAGCCCUUCUUACCCCUUCAGAGAUUCUUAGAAGCAGGGGGAAUAUUAUUGCGACGCUUCUCACUAUAUAUAU